AUGACAUAUUUUUCAUCAAUUACUAUUAUUCAUUUUGCCGUUUUAACCAAUUCAAUUCGAAAUCACCGACCAUAUCGACUGGAUGGGUAUGUACUAUCAUCAUCAACAAUAGCGCUAAUACCAUCAACAUUGCCAACAUUAUCAACACUAUCAUUGCUAUCAUCACCAUCACCAUCACUACUAUUUGUACAAUCAUCAUCAUCACCAUAA